AUGAAAUAUAAUAAAUUGAAUUAAUAAAGUAAACCAGUUUGUAUAUGAUAAGAAAAAAAAUAAAAUUGAGAUAGCGAGGAUUCAAUGCCUAGUGAUAUUGAUAUAGUUGAAAUUGAAGAUGCAGAAAAAAAGAAAAAAAAUAUUGAAGCAUUACAAUUAAUUGAUCAUUCUUAAAUCUAAUAUGAAGAAUUUGAAUAAAAUUUUUAUUAAGAACAUGAAGAAAUAACAAAUUUAAAUGUAACUCAAGUAGAAAAGAUAAAAAGAGAAUAUUAAAUUCAUAUUAAAGGCAAUAAUAUCCCAAAUAUCAUUUGAACAUCUCUAAUUGGACUAAAAAUUAGUUAAUAAAUAAGUAGCAUAAAAUUUUGAGAAGCCAACUGCAAUUUAAAGUUAAGCCUUACUAUGUGUAUUGUCAGGAAGAAAUGUUAUUUGAGUUGCAAAGACAGGAUUAGGUAAAACUAUAGCAUAUGUUUGGCCUAUGCUUGUUAAUGUGAGUGCAUAGAGAGUAGUAGAGAAAAAAGAAGGGCCUAUAGGAUUAGUAAUUGUGCCUACAAGAGAAUUAGGAUAUUAAGUAUUUAUAGAAACUAAAAAAUAUACACAAUUGUUAUAUAUAAGCGUCAGUGCUCUAUUAGGAGGUGAAAAUAAACAUCAGGUGUAGAUAUAAUAAUAGCUAAUCCAUGUAGGUUGAUUGAAAUGAUUAAGAUGAAAGCUACAAAUAUGUAUAGAUGUACUUAUGUUGUAUUUGAUGAAGCUGAUUAAAUGUUUAGUUUAGGUUUAGAAUAUUAAAUUAGAUCUAUAAUAAAUCAAAUAAGACCUAAUUAAUAAAUAUUGUUAUUUACUGCUACUAUGAAAAAGAAGAUUAGAUAAUUAUGUGUAGUUAUGUUGAUUGAUCCUAUUGUUAUUAAAAUUGGUGAGAAUGGAAAUUAAGUAAAUAAAGAUAUUAAAUAAAUGCCUGUAAUUAUUGAACUUAAAAACUUAUUUCUAAAAUGGAAAAGUAUUAAUAUUUGUGAAAUUAAAUGGAUUAAUGUGAGUCAUUGAUUUCAGAAAUCAAACAACAAUCAGGAGUUUAGGGACUUACUCUGAUAUUUAUAAACAUAGAAUAGGAAGAACUGGAAGAGCUGGAAAUUGUGACGGUGCUGCUUAUUCAUUAGUAUAGAAAUAAGAUUGGAAAUUAGCUAUUAUGUUAAUAAUAAGCAUAGAAUUUGCAGGAUAGAUUGUAUCUCAAAAAUGA